CAAAGGAACAGGAAAAUGAGAAAUCGUUUGUUUUAUGAUUCUCUGUCUCCAGAUCUGAUCUCAGACCUGUUGGGUUCAGAGAAGUACAAACUGUGCUGGCAGACUGCCCUGGACUCUGUGCAGGACCCCUACGUUAACAGACACCUGCUCUACUGCCUCUUGGACCUCCUGCUGGAGUUCCUGGUUCCUGAGCUGCCCGAGGAGGACUUCCAGUUGAGCCUGCUGCGGACCUUCUCCAAGAACCCUGAGAAGCUGCUGGUGUGAUCUACAGUUCCAAAUGUUCUGAUUGAAAUUAGGAGGAAUUGUUCCAUUGGGAGUCCACAUGCGUCGUUUUGAGGUUCAUGCAGUUAUUCUUUGACCGAGUGGAGCUGCGUCUCAUUCCAACUUGUAAGUAAAAGAAAAGAAGCUGUUGAUGUUUCCGUCGUUCCGGGAUCUCGGCCCUUAAACCUUCGUGUUCCCUCGUGAUUCUGCCUAUUUAUGAACUAUUUAUGUGCUGGAUUCACUCCUCCACGGCGUCGCAGAGGAGCGUCCCGCUGCAGGACGUGCUUGUUGCUGCGUCCCGCCUUAAUGCCUCGAUGGCGUCAGGUGUUGAAGCGACCCGUUGCCUUGUGAUGAAUGUCGAAGCUGUUAUUUGUUGUGAGGCGAUUGUUGACGCUGAUGAAGGAGCUUCAUGCACGUCGCUGCGUGAAACAGAAGAAAGACUCUGCACGUAUUGAACCACUAGAAAUAUGCUCUUAUAAUCAACAUCAACCUUUCUUGCUUUAAGUAAAACAAUUUAUUUUCAUUUUCUUGUGAUUAACAGCCAACAAAACCAUGUUUUCUCAUUUAAACUAGCAAUUUCUAGUCAACUUCUUUCUUUUGUUGCUUCAUGAUUCAAUGCUUCAUGUUUCGUUGCUUCAUGAUUCAAUCCUUAAUGUUUCGUUGCUUCAUGAUUCAAUGCUUCAUGUUUCGUUGCUUCAUGAUUCAAUGCUUCAUGUUUCGUUGCUUCAUGGUUCAACGCUUCAUGUUUCGAUGCUUCAUGGUUCAACGCUUCAUGUUUCGAUGCUUCAUGAUUCAAUCCUUAAUGUUUCGUUGCUUCAUGGUUCAACGCUUCAUGUUUCGAUGCUUCAUGAUUCAAUGCUUCAUGUUUCGUUGCUUCAUGAUUCAAUGCUUCAUGUUUCAUUGCUUCGUGAUUCAAUGCUUCAUGAUUCAAUCCUUAAUGUUUCAUUGCGUCAUGUUUCAUUGCUUCAUGAUUCAAUGCUUCAUGAUUCAAUCCUUAAUGUUUCAUUGCGUCAUGUUUCGUUGCUUCAUGAUUCAAUGCUUCAUGUUUCGUUGCCUCAUGAUUCAAUGCUUCAUGUUUCGUUGCUUCAUGAUUCAAUGCUUCAUGUUUCGUUGCUUCAUGGUUCAACGCUUCAUGUUUCGUUGCUUCAUGAUUCAAUGCUUCAUGUUUCGUUGCUUCAUGAUUCAAUGCUUCAUGUUUCGUUGCUUCAUGAUUCAAUGCUUCAUGUUUCGUUGUUUCACGCGUCUCUGCUGGUGUUUGUGUUCACGCUGUGAAGCUGUUGUUGUUUCACAUGUAACCCAAAGGAUCAAAUAAAGAUACCAAACAUUACUUCUUGAGUUAAUAAAUCUGUAACUGGUUAUUUUUUUA